AACAUUCGUCGCAUUAAUUUCGGAGCCGAUAUAUUUAGCAAGAUCACUUAAGGACUCGCUAAUCUUGAAGGAGAAGAACGUUUGCAGUAAAUAAAUCGGAGAUAUAAGGUUCGGAUCCAAAUCACAUUGGGCGUUGGACGGCGCGCGGCGUGAGGAGUACGAGACGAGGUGGCUGUCACGCGAAUGAUAAACAGUCGCGAUCUGGCCUGACGGUGGACACCGCGUGAUAAACAAUGUUGACGUGAGUCAACGACGCUUCGCGGGCGACAACGCAAUUCGUCGCGCGGAGGAUCUCGAAAGGUGGAGAGAAAGAGAGGGGGGGAAAGCAGGAGAAGGCGCGAAGGAAAGAGAGAUUGGAGAACGAUGUUGCUUCCCAUCCGGUAGAUAAAAACGUGCUAAUCGCCGCUCGCGAGAACGCCGCCCCAGGAGCAAUGGACGAUGAACAGCCGGCGAGGGAGGCCAACAAGAUCUGCGGAGUCUGCGGCGACCGGGCGCUCGGCUAUAACUUCAACGCCGUCUCCUGCGAGAGCUGCAAGGCCUUCUUCAGGAGAAACGCGCUCAAGAACAAGGAUUUUAGAUGUCCGUUUACGGAAAAUUGUAACAUCUCACCUAUAACCAGACGUUUUUGCCAAAAAUGUCGCCUGGACAAAUGCUUCAGUAUUGGUAUGCGCAAGGAAUACAUAAUGUCCGAGGAGGAUAAAGUAUUGAAGCGUAAAAAAAUCGAAAAAAAUCGUGCGAAAAAACGAUCACAGACCGAGAAUGACAAAACGUCGAAGAUCAAAAAAGAUUGCAUGGAUGACUAUACGUUCGAGGAUACGUCGAUGUCGAUCAAUUUGGCCGGCUCGACGAUGUCAGAGACGUAUUUUUGGGAGUCUAACAGAAAAUAUACAGACUUGGACGGCAACAAGCAGAACACUGUCGAAAGUAUGAGUCCGGUGACAGCGGUGAGCGUACCGAGUCCUUCGAGUCCGCCGGAAAACACGAACAUCGCUGAAACGAAGACGUUGGAUAUGCUGAAGGAAUCCGUUCAUGGUUCAAGAUCUAAUCUCGCCAGCCGUACAAGGUUCACGGAUUUCAACAUGUCGUCUCAGAAUGUAGGGAUGGACAAGAACUCUCCUUCGAAUUCGGGGAAAUAUGAGCAGAAUCCGCGGCAGUUAAGUUCAGAAUUUGUAGAUGUUAACCGCGAAUCGUCGAGGUACAGCUCUGCAUUCGAAGAAAACGUGCAUAGCUACUCCAAAUUUGAUCAAACUCGCGAACAGAAUUCUCCCGUAUACGAUAAUUCGCUAGCAUCAUACAGUGGAGCAAGUCGAUCUACUCCGAAUUCGCCGCAUAUGCAACUCGCGAAGGAUGAGGCAUCGAUAUGCCAGAAGCCGAAGGAAACGUGCUCGAGCGGAAAUAAUUUAAUCGUCAAGUUUAAGCAAGAUCCUGGUUUGCUCACGAAGUUUGUCAAUAAUCCAAAUUUAGUAGCAAAGAUAUUUCAGGAUCGGAGAGUAAUAAUGAAGAUUAUGACCGAUCCUGAUAUGGUUACAUGUUUGGCGGCAGAUCCGCAUAUAACACAAUUCUUGGAGGAACACGACGCAAUUGAUACAACGAUUACCGAGCGCGACCGUGAUAUCAAAACGAAAGGUCAGCCGAAAGAAGGUAGCUCAAUUCCGAUAAAUAGUGAUAGCUUGAGCGAUAAUACCGUUAGGCAUGUGCCGAAAGCUAAAGGAAGUCACGUGGAAAAUCCAAUCCUGACGGAUCUAAUUACGAAUCGUAAUGCGGAGGAAGGCAAAAAUCAAAAUUUGGAAUCUAAUACAAAUACGGAUUGGAACAAAAAUACAGCCGAUGUUACUAGGGACGUUCUUCAGGACGUACAAAGGAUACCUAUUGCUGCUAACUCUAUAGAAUCUAUCUUAUGUGAAGCCAUCAAGUUAGAAUAUUCAGCAUUUUCUAGUUUUGGUGGUAACCAAAGCAGUAGAGAAUUAAAUGAUGCCGAAAGAGCGAAAUUGAACGAGUUGAUAGUUGCUAACAAAGCAUUAUUAGCUCCAUUAGAUGAUGACAUAACGAACUUGGUUGGUGAAGAAUGCAAAUUCAAGAAUAAUUUUGGGCAAUCUGAUCCAAUGUUGCUAGACGUUAUAAAUUUAACAGCCAUAGCCAUUAGACGCUUGAUAAAGAUGUCAAAGAAAAUAAACGCCUUCAAGAAUAUGUGUCAAGAAGAUCAGUUAGCUUUGUUGAAAGGCGGCUGUACAGAAAUGAUGAUUUUAAGAUCAGCCAUUAAUUACGAUCCUGAUAAAGAUAUGUGGAAGAUACCUCAUAGCCAAGAAAGCAUGUCAAAUAUUAAAGUCGACGUUUUGAAGGAAGCAAAAGGCAAUUUAUACGCGGAACAUGCGAGAUUUGUCAGAACAUUUGAUCCCCGGUGGCGAGAUGAAAAUAUCAUUUUGAUUUUAAGCGCAAUCGCUCUGUUUACUCCAGAUAGACCGAGAGUUGUGCAUGGUGAUGUUAUUAAAUUAGAGCAGAAUUCAUACUAUUAUCUCCUUAGACGAUAUCUGGAGAGUGUUUAUCCUGGAUGCGAAGCUAAGUCUACGUUCCUCAAAUUAAUACAGAAGAUUUCUGAACUCCAUAAACUAAAUGAUGAAGUUGUGGGAGUUUACUUGAAUGUCAAUCCAUCCAGUGUAGAGCCGCUGCUUAUAGAAAUAUUUGAUUUAAAACAUUGAUCAUUAAUUUGUAACAUUACAAAUUUUAUUUUGUGCAUAUAAUAAGAAAAUUGAAUUAACGCAUUUAUGCUGCAAUAUAUUUCGACUAGCCAACAGAAUCACGCGAUAUUUAUGAAUGAUAUUUAUGCGAUUAUAUUAUAUUUAUGUAAUUAUAAGUAAACUUGCACUGCAUUGCCUCCUUAUAUACAUAAUAUAGAGUGCUUUCUAUUUAAUGACAUAAAUCGACAUAAAUGUGUUAUUUUCUUUGACAUUAAGUAACAAGGACAAAACAAUAAGCCUGUCGGCUUAUGUCAGCAAAUCGAAAGUACCCAUUGUAUAGUAAUAAAUUUUUAAAUAUCUUCAAACGAAUAGAAUGAAGAUUAUAGUAUAAAAUAUUGGAUACAUACUAUGAAACUAUUCAGAAUGAAUUCCGAUCAAAAUUGUUCAGUUAUUUCCUAGAUUUCUAUUAUCCUUUUUAAAAGAAAUGAAAUCCAAUUGAAAUUCAUUCUGAACAUAUUCCUUAAAAUAUUUCAUUAUAAAACUGAGACGCAACUGCAUUUGCUGCGUAAAAAUUAUCAUGAGUCAACUGCGUAGGUAUAAGAUAUAAACAUUGUUACAAAUGGAUAUCGAUGUCUGUUGUAACUUAGAAGUUUUUGCCGCAAAUCAAACGAGCAAUUUACGCAUUGUUUCAAAUAAAUAAUGUUAAUUAA